UUGUCUUUGUGGGGAGAGAUGAGAUCAGUAUCUGGAGAUGUACAAAAAGUCAAUAGAGGAUCCCGCUGGAUUUUGGUCAGACAUUGCCUUAUGGGAGUUCUAUUGGAAGCAAAAAUGGGGAGAUCAUAUCUACUCUGAGAAUCUCGAUGUCAAUAAAGGAAAUAUCAAGAUCGAGUGGUUCAAAGGCGGGAUCACCAAUAUAUGCUACAAUUGCUUAGACAGAAACAUCGAUGUUGGGCUUGGAGACAAAAUCGCCCUUCACUGGGAAUCCAAUGAACCUGGCUUUGAUGCCCAUUUAACUUACUCCCAGCUACUGCACCGAGUUUGCCAGCUCGCUAACUACCUGAAAAGUAUUGGAGUUAAGAAGGGUGAUGCUGUUAUUGUUUAUUUGCAUAUGUUAUUGGAACUCCCGAUUACCAUGCUCGCCUGUGCUCGCAUUGGUGCAGUUCACUCGCUUAGAGUGGUUGCCAAUUUUCCUUACAUUCCUGAUGGAAAGUACCGUAUGCUAGCCAAAUAUAGCUUAACAUAA